AUGUCCAAGACCGGACUUGGGAGCCACGGCGAUCCGCCGAAGCCAACCACCGAACUCCGGGGCCCACGACCACCAACUCCGGGGACAACUUUUAGGGCCGGCCUGCCCGGAGUCAAGCGACUCGGCGUUAUGAAGAUUCUCUAUCCACUGUCAUGUUUGCUCUCGCUGGUCCUGGCCGACAGGCCUGGUCAGGCCGUCCGCCAUCCGAAGCACUCCACGUGGAUGCUGGAGAGUGUCAUCGCGCGAGGCGAAGGAAUCAAUCCGGCCGACGGUCUGUUGGGGGUCAUUCAGAAGGUGCAGCACUGUCGUGGCAUGGUCGGAUUAUUCCAGGAAGCGCUCAGAGCAGCCAUUGCCCAGUCCAGCGACGCAGCAGAGAUCGCCAGAUGGUCGGAUUAUCACCGUCGCAGCGUGGAGGCCAACAUAGAGGACCUCCUCAAUGCGACGGCAUCCUCACGCGACCUGUCGCUUGACCGGUUGUGUGUCGGUCGUUCAAUUAUGGAGAUGAAUCUCGAUGAGCCACUCCAUCGCAACGUACUCAAGGCCCUCCGGAAAUCCCUGGAACUGCAAUAUCGAAACGAGAACGCCGGAUUCUGGUACUUCGUCGAUCCGCCGCCCCCCUACCCACCGUACGGCAAUCUCUCGUACAGCGACGGCAUGUACGGCUUCGCUCCCUUCGCCACCUUGUACGGCAUGACCUACGGCGACCCACGUGUCAACCUCGACUCCGCCCUGCUUCAGCUGGAUCUUCUUUACAAGCAGAGCAUCGAGCCAUCCACGGGGUUGAUCAAGCACGGCUACGAUGCAUCGCGAGAAGCUCCCUGGGCGCACCCGAUCACUGGCGCCAGUCCCAUUGUGUGGGGCCGGAGUCUCGCAUGGUACCUGAUUGGCACGGUGGACACCCUGGAGAUCAUCGCAUCCAAGUAUGAAGACAACGCGGAUGCGAUGCGCAAGGACAAGACCGUCCAGCGCAUCCUUGAAAUUUUUCAGCGUCUCGCCCGAGCGACGGUGGAAGCCAUCGAGGACUCCGCCGGAAAGACGGGGCGCUAUGCCGUCUGGCAGGUGAUGGAUCGGCCGGGAGAGCCUGGGAAUUUCGUCGAAGCCAGUGCCAGUGCCAUGAUUGCGUAUGUGUUGGCGAAGGGGGUGCGUCUAGGCUAUUUGCCCGGGGCCGGACGUUCGCCAACUGUGGAGACGGUUGGAAAACACCGUGCAUCGUCGUAUCUUCGGGUCCAGGGCCCGAUGCCGGGUUUCCGUGAUCAGGUGCGAUCUCAGGACGUACUGGCUGUUGCACGCGCUCUCUAUCAAGAUGUGGUUGAGCAAUUUGUCGUUCGCAGACAAGAGGACGACACCCUGGAUUUCCUGGGGACGAGCAUCAUCGCCAGCUUGCAUGAAGAGAAGCCGUAUUACGAGGUCCGUUUUGUCCGCUUUUCGAGGUCCGAUGUCUUCUGGCUAAUGACAAUCUCUGCAGUAUUAUACUCACCGAGCAGUCACAACGAACAGCUUGAUUGGGACCAGUGCGUUUGCCCUGGCCUCCCUAGAGAUGGAGCGAGCGGGCAUCUGAGAGGGUUAACACAUGGAUAA